CAGAGGAAAAACUGUGUUGAAAACCUUUCCUAAGAAGAAAGACUGGACUUCUUUACGAUCAAAAGUUUGUCAAGUGACCAAUAUUAUUUAAUACCGUUAAAAACAAAUAAAUUUUUAAUUACUUAUUAAAAUAACAAUCAACGAUCAUAAAAAAACAAUGGACUACCUAAAAUCCAAUUUUCCUGCACAAACAGAAGACGGGAUGAAAUACCCAGAAAACGUCGAACAGCCUCAUUUCCAACCUCUUUUAGAACAGGAGAACUCUCAGGAGUUCUUCCACCCAGGGUACCUGCCCUUCUUCUAUGACUAUAGGGCUGUGGACCGAGGGUUGUGUGACGUGAGAGAAGCUUGUGAUUGGGAGUGGGGAGAGUGGGAGAACCAUGUGGUGGUGAAGGAGGAAGGGGAGGAGGCGCGAGGGUUUGGGGAUGAAGAUACCCGUUCCCCCGGCGGCAGUCGCAAAGAAAGGACAGCGUUCACGAAGGCGCAGAUCAAAAGCUUGGAGGCUGAGUUUACUCGAGCUAACUACCUGACGCGUCUGCGACGGUAUGAGAUCGCCGUCGCCUUGCAUCUUACUGAACGACAGGUGAAAGUAUGGUUCCAGAACAGAAGAAUGAAAUGGAAGAGGACAAAAGGCGCGUCCAAGCAUUCUAAGAAAAAGGACACCACUAAUUUGAACUAAUAUGUCAAGUUAAUCAUAUUUUUAAAUAGCUUUUUCCGCGGUUUCACCCGCGCCUCGUGAAAACAUCCCUUAAAAAAUUUAGCUUAUAUAGCCCGGGCAUAGUGUAAACUAGUGAAGUGCAUCACUUACUGUACAUUAGGUUUUAGGUAAUAAAUAUGAGAUACUGAAGAACAUAAGGAAAACACAACAUUUCAGGAGAUAAGAUAUGUUUAUUAGACAAUUCAUACCUCCGACACGAGGCGAGCGCGUGCCGAACAAAUAAUAACUAAACAUAAUAAUAAUAUUGUGAACUAACGCACUAUCUUUGGAAGGAACAAAACAUCUGGGCUAUGGGCAGCUACAAUUUGUUCAAAAUUAAAAAUGGGUUAAAUUAUAAUGAUUAACAACAGCGGGGGAACUUCCAAAUCACUAAAAUACUAGCUGUAUUUAUAUAAUAACAUUGAUUGCAGCCAGGCGCCGUAUACGACUUCGUGGAAGAUAGCUACAUACAGUUUCCAACUUCAGUGCUCCGAGCGUUAGGUCUUUUGUUUCAAAUUGUUGGCAGUAUUCUUGAAAUGUUACAGAUAUUCACUAAAGCGGAUAGGAAAAGCUAAAUAAUUUACGCUAAAUGAAAGAUCAAGCUUAAACAAAGAUUAAAACUACGUAAUUGAUUCUUAAUUAAAACUAUAGUAUACAAUUGAAUUAAAAUGUCGAAAGACAACUUGGAAGACUAACAAAAAGUUUAUUUUACAGAAAUAAUCUUACAAAGAGAUUCAGACAAAUCAAUUUAAUCAAGCAAUACUACAUAAUCACAGUUAAGGAGAAUAACAUUCGUUAAAAAACAUUCAGAAACUGUAUGUAACUCAAGUGAGCAUAAAUCGUGACCGACGUCGCCUUAACUCGCGUUAAAUUUUCCGUGAACUACGUUUAACAUUGGACCUAGCUAUAUCGUUGGACCAAAAUAAAAUAGCUAAUUUUCAACAAUAUAGAUAUAUAAUUAUCAUGUUUAACAUACGCCGCUGCGUGUGUCAGUGCGCUGAGGGGUUCUACAGCCUGUAACAAUAUUGUAAUCAAAAUAAAUAAACGAUUUAAAACGACAUGCAGCAUUUUUACAUCGCUCUACGUUUUAAAUAUAUAAUCCUGAUUUUAAUCUUAAACUCUGACCCUAGAUUUAAAGUUAAAAAAAUAUACUUUAGUGAACUUGUGACGCACUGACAGACGCAGCGGUCACUCACCGUGAGCUUUAAGUUUAAUAUUAUAUAAAAAGUCGUCAGAACUUUGUAUUUAUUGGCUCCCGUGAUACAUAUGUACAAUGUGGUUAUCAUACUUUUAUAUUUUCUGUCAGGCACAAAUUUAAUCACCAACUUUGUAUUUUUUUAACGUUUUUAGUUAAUUUUAUAUAUUAUUGUUAUGUAGGGACAUUUAUAAUUAGCUAUAGGUUUAAGCUUUGAAUAGGGAUUUGAUGUGUAUAGUGGGAUUCACAAAAAUAUUGUGUGCUUCUAAAACGAAUGAUUGAACAUGACGUGAACACCUAAUGUAACCAAAAUGGUUCUAGAAUAAGUGUUUAUGAAUAAAUAAUUAAUAAAUGACAGAUUGUACUUUAUUGAACUAACUGUAAAUGU